AUGUCUACCCUUACAGUUGUUCAGUAUACUCCCAAAGCAACUACUGGCAUCACGCACAAACUUCCUGCAAAACCCUCCUGGAGUAACUCUGGAAAAGAGUCUGCCAAGCCGUUCCCAGUGUCGGCGAAGGCAGUAGAAGACAGUGAGCGGCAUAAGAAGCCUACUACAGUUAGCGGGCUUAUGUUUGGAGAGAAUCCUCUGUUUGACCCAAAAACAGUACAAGAUGAAAUCACUGAAAGAGAGGGCGCCGAGCUCAUAAAACGGCACCGAGCUAGAUUCCUACGAAAGUUACCAGAAGAGAGAUCUCAAGGAUCGAUACCUGCAAGCAGUAGUGAUGAAUCGAUCGAAUUAACUGGCAAGUUAGAUCUCGAUGAUAUUGAAACCGCACAUAUCCAUGGCACACAAGGUGGCGGAAGUCCUACAUCUAACAGACAAGCCCCAGGCCGGAUCACCACCAGAGACGAUCCUGAUGAUGACAGUGACGAUGACAGUGACGAUGACCUCCGUCCUGUAAGCCGAUUGCUUGAGAAAUCCAAACAAAAGUCACCCGACGGACCGGACGCGAAAUACAGCGCUGAAGAAAACGCUAAGCAGGUUCUAAAGAAUGAUUCCUUUGGUUCUCAAGAAUCCAGAGCCGGAAGCAGCAGUGAUGAACCGAUCGAGAUAGAUGGCAGCAAGUUGGACCUCGGCGAAGAUCUUUAUACAACAAAUUCUCCUUGUACUCAAAGCGAUGAACGGUCUGAUCAUGUCCAGUUGGAUGUGGAAGCACCUUCGGCACCUGAUGGACCCAUCGACGAGCCUUGCAAUAUCAUCAAUGCCACGGAUACUAGGUCCUUUGCAGGCCGUGCCAAACGGGUCAGGUUUGCCUCCCUUUGCAAUAUUUCUAGCCUCGGCCUUAGCACACCGCCACAUUCUCGUGACGGGGAAGGGCAACGCAAUAUGAGGGAGCUCGAGAGGAGCGAUUCUGAUGAGUCGCGAGACGGCACUACCCCACUAAAGCGGCAGAAAAUUUCUUCGAGGGUGGUCAAUACAGCCGUGACCGAGAAUAAUGAACCCUCUUCCUCAGUAAUCUCGGACGUCGACAACGUCGAUGGGCUCGAAAAUCUCUCUGAUCAUACGGCUAGCGACACUGAUGUACCCACUCUUACCAUGCAUGAUUCUGCCAUAGGAGUACCUAAGAUAUGUCCACAGUUCGUGGAUAUUGGCCAAGAAUGGGAGUAUCGCAGGGUCCUUGGUGAGGAGGUUGUCGGUGGCGUGUCGUAUUACGAGGUGGAAUGGUGUUCGUCAUUAAUACCAAAGUCUUCGGUACGAAAUAUAGAGGUGCUAGCUGAGUAUGAGGCUCGUAAAGCACGAGCUCGGGCGUGCGGGACGAACGGGAAGCGGAGGGGACGACGGCCAGCCUUGAAGCAAGACAGUCGAGCAGUGAGGGGUGCUGGUGUGCCUGCGGGCCAACAGCAGAAGAGGCCGCGAGGGCGACCGCGGAAGCUGCCAUCAGCGACGGUAUGGUAA